AUGGGCCAAGCGCGCGCGCACCUGCUGCCGCGCACAUCGCCGCCAACAGCUUCCCAGCGUCGCGGCUGCGGCCGGCGCUCAGUUUCGGCUCAUCAGCCACCCUGUGAGCACUGGUCGGCGCAUUCACACGCACACUUCUCAGUGCAGGCCAGAGGAGGCCGCCGCAGAGUCAUGCCGAGCUUUUCUCGUCAUGUGAACCGACUGCUCGUGACAGUGUAUUCGCCACGGCGCCGGGCUGCAUCGAUGGGUGGUAACAAGCUGCUGGUGCGGUGGGAGCAGCACGAGUCGAGUGUGAUGGCGCACCUGCGGCGCCUGCUGGCGGCCGAGGCGUUCGUCGACGUCACCCUCUGCUGUCAGGGCCGCCGCCUGCGCGCGCACCGCGUGCUCCUCUCCGCCUGCAGCCCCUACCUGCAGGAAUAA